AUGACAGACAGUAGUCCACCGGGGAUGGAUGAUAGUUCAAAUCCUGCCCCGCACAGUGUCACGUUUACUGACAAGACUUCAUCCAAGUCUAGAGUGUACACGCUGAUCAGUAUCUUGGCAACUGUGUUCUUCGUAACAACCGUCAUCUUUGUUGUUCUUUUCGCUGUCUACUACACCAAGUAUGUCGAUGAGACUAAGGUCACAAAGGACAAUCAUGAAGUGUCUGACAAGAAAGUAUGCUACACUCCCGACUGCGUCAUUGCAGCCGGCAUGAUGGCCAACAAGAUGGACUUCACGGUGGACCCUUGCGAAGAUUUCAACCAGUUCGCAUGCGGGCGCUUUCUCAAAGAAGCUGCUUUGCCCAUUGCAAGGAAUAUAUUAUCCCCUAUAUCAGCUUUGGCCGACGAGAAUAAGCUAAUAAUGAAAGAUAUCAUUACAGAGGACAUCAUACCGACCCAACCACAAUAUUUGACCAAUAUGAAAAGGAUGUUCAGAUCUUGUAAUAAUGAAGCUCAGAUUGAAAAGAUAGGACUGGACCCCUACCUUAAGGACGACCGGACAUUCGUGGACGACUGGCCCACACUCAACCCCAGCUGGAACAACGCCAGCUUUAAGCUUAAUGAGGUCAUUGCCCGCUACGAGAGGGUCUACAUAGAGCCCAUCUUCUCCUACUAUACCCACACGGACAUGACGGAUUCCAACAAGACCGCCUAUAUACUUAUUCUUCAGAUAAAAGAGGGAAUCCUCGGGUUGUCUACUGAAGAUUUUAGCAAACCCAGAAAUGAUUCGGUCAUCAUAGCCUACGAGAAAUACUUGGCAGAGACGGCAAUUGCCCUAAAUGCCAACAGGACGAUCGCUGAGCAAGAUGCCCGAGAUGUGGUGGAUCUUGAGAUUGAGUUAUCGAAGAUUACCUUUUCAGCAGGAGAUACUCAAAACUCCAGCGAACACUAUAUACCCGUUCUACUUGGUAACUUGUCCGGUAUGUUCCCGGAGUUGGACAUCCCUGGGGCUAUUAGGGCGGCUUUUGAAACCGCCAACAUCAGCCUAGGAGACGAUGAGAGAGUCAUUAACCAAAACCCCACAUAUUUCGGAAACAUCUCAUCGGUUGUCCGGAGAUUCUCCAGCAGAGCUCUCCAGAAUCUGUUUGGGUUCAAGUACGCCUUGUCCAGGGUUGACAGACUGACCGCCAGGAUGAGACAAAUCCGGCUACCGUUUGAUCAGGCUAUUGGUGCUGAACCUGAGGGACCACGAUGGGACGUUUGUCUAAACAUUGUAAACAAAGCUUUCUGGAAAGGGAUGGGCAGACAGUUCGUGGAUAAGGUCUUCUCUGACACUGCCAAAAGCUAUAUUGAACAGAUGAUUUAUAAUGUGAAGGCUGAGUUUAGGAAGAUCGUUGAGGAAAAGACGUGGAUGAGCAAUGCCACAAAAGUUCACGCUAUUGAAAAGCUGGAUGCUAUGUCGCCAAAGGUUGGAUACCCAGACCGUUGCUUUGAAAAAGCAGAUAUUGAAGAAUUUUACGAAAAUUAUACGAUGAACGAGGGCCAUUACUACAACAACCGCGUCCUUAUUAACAAGCUGGACAAUUUUAGGCUUAUGCGAGCACUUAGGACACUUGAGGACAAGAGUCAGAAGUGGCAAGCAACUCUUUACGAUGCGAAUGCCUAUAAUGAUAUUCAAGAAAACGAGAUAGUUUUUCCUGCUGGUUUUCUACGAUCACCAAUAUUCUCAGAGACAUUCCAAAACUACAUGAACUACGGCACCAUCGGUACUAUCAUUGGACAUGAAAUUACCCAUGGAUUUGAAAACAACGGAUACCGCUUUGAUGCACACGGUGACAUCCGCGAUUGGUGGCAACCAGAAGAGCUUAUAAUAUUUAUGGAUAAAAUGCAGUGUAUCGUGGACCAGAACAACAACUUUCGUAUUUAUGAAAUAAACAUGACGGUGAACGGAACUAUGACACAAGGGGACAGUGUAUCUGAUAAUGGUGGUGUCAAGCAAAGCUUCAGGGCCUACAAGGAACUGGUCCGUAACGAAGGUGAGCAACCCAGGCUACCAGGUUUAGGGCUCACUCAAGACCAGAUCUUCUUUCUGGCUUGGGGACAGGUAUGGUGUGAGAAAGCGACCCCUUAUGGGUACAUACAACAGAUCACAAAAGGCGUCCAUCCACCUGGGAAAUUCAGGAUUAUCGGCCCUCUGCAAAACUCACCGGAAUUCGCCAAGGCCUAUAACUGCUCUCUUGGAUCCUACAUGAAUCCGGUGAAGAAAUGUGAAGUCUGGUAG